GAUAAUAAAUCAGUGAAUGAUGACCCUUCUUUGUCUUCUUAGCUUCCUCAUCAACUCACUUUUCAACACCUAAAACCCAUUUUCAAACACUCAUUUUUCAAUUUUCACCCCUUUUCAUUUUUCAAUCUUAUUUCAAUCAAUUGAAUUGGAUCAUCACAAAUUGAAUUGAAAAUUCAAAAAAAGGGACACAAAAAAAAUAAAAAAAUCCCUUUUUGUGAAUUUUGAUCCAUCUGGGCACCGACAAAAUUUAAUCUUUUCUGUGCUCAGAUCAGUUCAAAGUUACAAUCUUUACAAGUUUUUGAUUAAUGGGUCGAUUCAAAUUUGGUUAAAUUUUGAUGGGUUUGAUCUAAAAAAUUGAUUUUUGAGAUUUGAAUUUUAUGGUUUUUGGUGUUUUUGAUUGAAAUGGUCUAUUUCCAUAGCUCAAUCUCUCUUUGUAAGUCAGUUGAUCAACCUCCAGUUCAAUCAUCCAUGGCGAAUUCGAUCGAAUUGGGAUCGAAAUAUUCAAAAUCUAAGCAAACUAAUCAAUUUCAAAGGAAUAGGAGGAACCAUAGUUUAUCAAAUUCUGUUAAGAUUCCACCUUGUGAUCGAUCUAGAUCAGCUAUGAUUGAUGUUGUUAUGUUCAUUGCUGUUGUUAUUGCUUGUGGAUUUUUGUUUUUCCCUUAUGUUGAACUUUUAGUGAUUAAGUCAUUUCAGAUUAUGAGUAUGAUGUGUUUUUUGAUUAUGGAAGAAGUUUCUUAUGCACCUUAUAUUUAUAUAUCUAUUGGAAUAAGUGUUGUUUGUGCUGCAUUGGCUACAUGGGGUGUUAUUGUUUGCACAAGUAACAAAUGUGGUAAUCCGAAUUGUAAGGGUUUGAAGAAAGCUGCAGAAUUUGAUAUUCAGUUAGAGACUGAAGAUUGCGUGAAGAAUUCGCCGUCUUUUGUGAAAGACGGCGGUGUUUGUAAGAAGGGUUUGUUUGAAUUGCCGCGUGAUCAUCAUAAGGAACUUGAAGCGGAGCUUAAGAAGAUGGCACCGAUUAAUGGAAGAGCUGUGCUUGUGCUGAGAGCUAGGUGUGGUUGUUCUGUUGGUAGGUUAGAAGUUCCGGGACCAGCGAAGAAACUUCGGAAGAUCAAGAAGUAGGUGACAGAACACAAAACAAUAAUAUCCUUCUGAUUUAUAGAGAGGAGGAUUGAAGAAAAGGAAGGAAAAGGAUAAUUGGAUCUUUAUAGAAUGCGUAAUUUGUCCUUUUGGAUCUGAAGUUUUCUCAUUCUAUGAGGAACUAUAGGAUGUUUUUAAAUAAGCCUUUUGGUAAUAAAGUUGUAAGGAACCAUGUUUCAUACAAAAUUUAGUUGGUUAUACUUGAGAAUAUACAUAAAAACAGUUAUUUGGAUUUACUUCUUUA